GGUUUUCCAGCAAAGCCCUAAGCAAAGUCUGUAUUUUUUUUUCUUUUCCCCCAUAUAGUUUCUUUACCUACCUCUUUUCCAUUCCGGCCUGGACAGGUAACUGGUUCCUGUCCCAGCCCCGAGCAAGCUCUCAACCAGGAAACCUACUUCCGCCCUUGAAUUAGAACUUCCCAUGUUUCUAUAAUGGGAUUUCCCUACCACUAAAGGGCACGAUCCGUCAGAAGUCUCCUUGUGAGACUUCUUCCUACUAUCACGAUUUUGUGAGUCCAAAAAAAAAGGGGACUCACGGAGCUUCUCUGGAUCCCUCAGAGUUCGUGGGCUCCUCCGAGGGAUCCUGCCACGUUUUCAGACCAAAAAGGGGUCUGCAGAGACACUUCUGGUUUCCUCGUUAGAAGGUACUGGCUACUCUUCGACCGGCCGGCUUCACACCACUGUUUACGGACGCCUCUAAUGUCCGUGGGCACCUCCACUUGCUCUCGGAGGAGUCCUGCAAGGGCGUUGCUCGUACCUGGGAAGUUGAGCAGAUGCAGCCCUUUUGGAACAUGACCUAGGACUAGAUUAGCGGGGACACGGUCCCUAUAAAUACAGCCCACCUGGACCUCAAUUCUCCUGUUUCUGGAACUUUCCGCCAUGAAGCUGAUCCUGUGGUUGGGAGCUUUGCUUGGGGUCACUUGGAGCCUGGAAACCUUUGUAGGUGACCAGGUUCUCCACCUGAAGCCGUGCAACGAGGAGCAGGUGGAUUUGCUGAAAGAAUUGGGAAGCCUGAAACAUCUCCAGCUGAAUUUCUGGCGGUCUCCCUCGUACCCCGACGAACCUGUGGAUCUCCAGGUGUCCUUUGCUGGUCUCCAGGCUGUCAAAGUCCUUCUGGAGUCACACCAGAUUAAGUACUCCAUCCUGAUUGAAGAUGUGCAGGCCCUGCUGGAUGAAGAAGCUCGAGAGAUGCACCUUAGCCGUCAACGGGAAGUCGGCCAGAAGAAUUUCAACUACGGCGCUUACCAUAACUUGGACACGAUUUACCGAGCGAUGGACAGUAUCCUGGCUGAGCACCCUCAGAUUGUGAGCAAACUCCGGAUUGGACAGACCUAUGAAAAACGGCCUCUGUUUGUCCUCAAGUUCAGCACCGGGGGAAACAAACGCCCUGCCAUCUGGAUUGAUGCCGGCAUUCACGCGCGAGAAUGGGUGACCCAGGCCACGGCUCUUUGGACUGCUAAAAAGAUCGCUUCUGACUUUGGGAAAGAACCGUCGCUGACUUCCCUCCUCAACAAAAUGGAUAUUUUCCUGCUGGUGGUUGCAAAUCCCGACGGAUACGUCUACUCUCACACCACAAAUCGUAUGUGGCGAAAAACCCGGUCCAGACGACCAGGCAGCCAGUGUGUCGGAGUUGAUCCCAACCGAAACUGGGAUGCGGGUUUUGGAGGACCCGGUGCCAGCAACGACCCCUGUUCCGAUUCUUACCGUGGACCCAGCGCCAACUCGGAAAUCGAAGUUCGCUCCGUUGUGGAUUUCGUCAAGAGGCAUGGGAACGUCAAGGCCUUUAUCAGCAUCCAUAGCUACUCCCAGCUUCUAAUGUACCCCUAUGGCUAUAAAUGCACCAAGCCAAAAGACGCGGAAGAACUGGAUACGUUGGGGAAAUCGGCCGCUAACGCCUUGACGUCGCUGUACGGCACGCGCUACAGAGUCGGGCCCAUCUGCUCGGUCAUUUACCAGGCCAGUGGUGGAAGCAUCGACUGGAGCUACGAUUACGGGAUCAAGUACUCCUUCGCCUUCGAGCUGAGAGACACGGGGCGCUACGGUUUCCUCCUGCCCGCCAAAGAGAUCAUCCCCACCGCUCAGGAGACGUGGCUGGGGCUGAAGAAGAUCAUGGAGCACGUGCGGGAUCACCCCUACUGAGAACUAAGAAGAUCUGGGAGAAGAUAGGAUUUUGGCUUCAAAUUCUGAUGCUAGCUGAAAGUCGAUUACAGGAGCGACAGAUCCUUUUAGAUGCCCCCAAAAGAGAGGAAAAAAAAUCAGAUUUUAAAUAACCACCAAUCAGUUAAUUCAGAUAAUGGCCACUGGGGGCAGCAGAGGUGCAGAAAUCUCUAUGCCGUUGCUGCCCCCUGGUGGUCACUAAAUUUUCUGCGGCCCAGAUCCGAUAUGACUUAUUAAAUACCGGACGAUCCCAUCAUGGUGGCCUCUGGUGUGUUUAGAUUACAAUUCCCAGAAUCCUUUAAACGACAGGGAGGCAUAUUUAGCAGCAAGCUUCCUGCCUGAGUGGAUUGGGACUACAUUGCCCAGCAUUCCCAGACACCAAUGGAGAAUUCUGGGAGUUGGAGUCCCAGCUUGUCUGAAGGCCACUGAGCAAAAAUGUUCUAGCCCAGAAUCUCCAAACUCGGCAACUUUAGGACUUGUGGACUUAAACUCCCAGAAUUCCCUAGUCAGCCAUGUUGGCUGGUGAAUUCUGGGAGUUGAAGUCCACAAGUCUUAAAGUUGCCGAGUUCUCGCAUAGUUAUCAGUUAAGGAAUGAAGGCAAAUAUUUUCCUAAAUCUUCCUCUUUUUGUUAUAAUUCUCCUGUGGCUUCUGAGACGAGGAGACAUCCAAGAUUUUGGAUUAAACCUUCUUCAGAUGUUUCUUCAGCAGUUUUCUCAAUAAAUCCUGCUUCCAGUGGC